GUGCUAAAACAAACAACACAAAAACUGUACUUGAAAAUACUACAAUCUCAAAUAAUUCAAAGACUUGGAAGUUGGAAGUUUUGGCAAUAGAGAUGGAGAGAGCAAAGACACUGCUAAAGAUCGUGACUUUCUCUCUCCUCAUCACUCUAACAUUUUCCAUUAACGACGAACCCCAGCUUGGAUCAGCUCGUGUUGUUUUCCAGACAAACUACGGAGAUGUCGAAUUUGGUUUUUAUCCUUCCGUGGCGCCGAAAACUGUUGAACACAUUUUCAAAGUUGUUCGCUUAGGAUGCUACAACACCAAUCACUUCUUCCGGGUUGAUAAGGGCUUUGUAGCUCAAGUUGCUGAUGUUGUAGGAGGCAGAACAGCUCCAAUGAACGCUGAGCAGAGGAAGGAAUCUCAGAAAACUGUUGUCGGCGAAUUUAGUAAGGUCAAACAUGUUAGGGGUAUACUUUCAAUGGGAAGAUAUGAUGACCCAGACAGUGCAUCAUCUUCUUUUUCUAUACUUCUUGGUGAUGCACCUCAUCUUGAUGAAAAAUAUGCAGUCUUUGGCAAGCUCACCAAGGGUGAUGAGACAUUAAAAAAGCUCGAGGAGUUACCUACUCGAAGAGAGGGCAUGUUUGUAAUGCCUGUGGAGCGGAUCACAAUCUUGUCUUCUUACUACUAUGAGAUAGAUAGUGAAACAUGUGAAGAAGAGAGAUCAAAUUUGAGAAGACGCCUUGUAGCUUCAUCUGUUGAAAUUGAGAGAUGGAGAAUGAAGUGUUUCCCAUGAUCAUUCUGGAUAUAUGAGAGAAAAGGAUUGUUGCUCAGAUGGUCCUGGACUAGGCAACAUGUAUCCUACACAGGUGCAAGCAUUAUUUGGCAAAAGUUCAACCAAACAAAGAUAUCUGCUGCUUUCAGCAAGACCCAAGUGAGAGACCAUUCUUGGUUUUUGGCUUCAUCGUCUAGAGAUUAAUAUCUUGUUACAAAUAGUAGACACAAUAACACUCAAUUUUCUGUAACAAAAAAAAAAAACUCAAUCUUGACUCUUGAGUCAGAUAUAUAUUACAUUUUGCACUUUGGUUUGCUUA